GUGAUAAAAUCGACACACAUAUCUAGUUCUGUCGACACGCGGCUGAUGGAUAUCAUUGCCCUAUUACAUGUACCGACCGAGUUUAACAUAGGUAAAAAUCGCCCAGUGUACCAUUGUAUUUCACAGACUCUGCGUCGCGCUAAAAGAUGGAGUUAGAGCCGCUAAAUAGUGAAAACAAUGCAUUUGAUGAAAAGGAUAAAUUAGCGAGAAAACGUGCUGAAAGAAAUGAUGAGCGAGGGACCUGGGGGUCCCGGUUUGAAUUUUUGCUCGCUAUCAUAGGAUUUACCGUCGGUAUAGGCAGUAUCUGGCGGUUCCCUAUUCUGUGUGCCAGAAAUGGAGGUGGAGCCUUUCUCAUUCCUUUUUUCUUCUUCAUGAUAACAUGUGGUGGACCUCUGUACUAUCUAGAAGUGUGUCUUGGACAGUUUAGUGGUCAGAGUGCAGGAGCCGCGUUCCACUUUUGCCCUUUGUUAAGAGGACUUGGAUUUCUUAUGGUGAUGAUAUCGUUUGACAUUCUUUGGUACUAUGUGACUAUUAUGGGAUGGAUUCAAUACUACUUUGUCCAGUCAUUUAACUCACAGCUACCCUGGACAACAUGUGGGAACUGGUGGAAUACAGAAAACUGUAAAGAAAGAGAAUUUUUCACCACAUCCGGUGUUAACAAUAGCAUAACGGUAAACACAACGUCACUUCCGUAUAAUAUAUCAAGUAACACGACAUCAGCGUCACUUCCGUACAAUGUUUCAAGUAACAUGACAUUAUCGUCCAUGUUCACCUCACCAGCUAACGAAUUUUGGCUAUACAAUGUUCUUCGAAAAUCUGAUGGUCUGGAAAAUAUGGGAACGAUACAGUGGCAUCUCGUGUUGAGCAAUUUUGUUGGUUGGGUAAUUGUUGUAGCUUCACUUAUCAAAGGCGUUCAAUCACUUGGCAAGGUUGUGUAUGUAACCGCUACAGCACCAUAUGUGUUACUAACUGUGCUGCUGAUCCGGGGUUUGAUGCUGGACGGAGCUAUCGACGGAGUUGUUUGGUAUAUUACACCAGAUUUUGAAAAACUUGCUUCACCGCAGGUUUGGUUGGAGGCAGCCAUACAGGUAUUUUACUCUCUCGGACCCACUUAUGGUGGAGUAAUUACAAUGGCAAGUCACAACAAAUUUCACCAGAAGUCCAUUGUGGAAACAACAAUAUGUGUAGCCUCCGAUGCCUUUACUGCAUUUUACGCUGGUUUGGUUGUGUUCACAUGUAUGGGUUUUAUGGCGAAGGAAGCUGGAACGACGGUGGAAGUGGCGGCCAAAGCGUCAGGACCCGGGCUUGCAUUUGUUGCCUAUCCUGAAGCUCUCAGCAGGAUGCCUCUGCCCCAGUUCUGGGCUGCUCUCUUCUUUUUCAUGCUCGUAACAGUCGCAUUUGACAGCACGUUUGGUAUGUUUGAGACUGUGACUGGGGCUUUGUUUGAUAUAUAUCCCAAGAAAUUGAUGCCUCGUAAAUACCUUGUUCUCAUUGGAACAGCACUCGUACUGUUCGUGUUGAGCCUGCCUCUCACCAUGAAUGGUGGUAUAUUCUUGUUCCAGCUUUCUGACUGGUACAUAUCAGCAUUUGCCCUCUUGUUUGGGUCCGCUCUUGAAUGCAUUAUGGUUACCUGGAUAUACGGGGCUGAUAGGUUUGCCCAGGAUAUAGAGCUGAUGACGGGGCGCAAGGUCUCUAAGAUACUGAGGAUCUUCUGGUGUGUCUUAAUGACUGGCUUUCUGUCGAUUACAUGCCUAAUAACUAUAAUUACAUACACGAAACCGGAUUAUGGAGAUGGGUAUGUGUAUCAGCCAUACAGCAUUGUAAUUGGCGUCCUCAUGUCCUUGGUACCUUUUGUUCCUGUUGUGCUAAUCAUGGUGAAGGAAAUCUGGCAAGCGGAAGGCUCCUUGCUUCAGAGGGUUUCAUUUUUGCUGCAGCCGUCUGAAAAAUGGGGACCGAUUGACAAUCAGGCUCGAGAAAUCUACUUUUCCAAACCAUAUCGGUACGACGACACACUCUGCAAAAGAAUCAAAACGAACAUUCUUGGAGACAAAGAUACGCCGUGGUUUUAAUCUGCUUUGUUUACAUUUUCUAAUUUUGAAUAAUCAGACUGAAAAAUGUGUUAAUAGAUGUGCAGUGUACAAAAAAGGAACCCCAUAUAUGUGCCAGACCCAUUUCAACAUGUAAAAAUAUAUUGUUUUAUACUAACUGAUGUGAGAAUAAAAUUACAUGUAUAUAUGAAAAAAAAUCACAAUAUUAUACUAUAAUAUGGAAAAUAUAAUCUGUUGUCACCCGUGCCAAGAGUACGAUUAAUUUAAUAUUUAUUUAAAAACUAAUUAAUUGAUAUGAUAGUCAAGGUAUAAAUAUAUGUUGAAAUAAAACGGAAAAGUU